AUGGCCGUUCUAGUUUCAUCCGAGGGCCCUUGUAGCCCCCGUCCGUCUUCUUUUGGAGCGAGACCGCACUACCUUUUUGCAAUUGCCGUAUCUGUCGUCCUCUUUCUACUCCUCCAGGCACCGGCAGCGCAUGAUGGCAAUGCUGUCAGCGGCGCAGUUUUCGCAGCAGCCUCAGUCGAAGGCUUUGGCCAGACUGAGACUGCAGCGGAGUCUUUGAAUGAUAGAGCGUCCGAUAGCAAGAACGAAGGCGACCAGAGUAAUAUGAAGCAAGAAGAAGUUCUUCAGCGCGAGAGCAGGACUAAAACGCGGCCAGUUCCCCGCUCGGGGGGUGCGCGACGGCGCAUGAGAACCCGCGCCUUGGCGGUCGCCAUCACCCUUGCGGCCGUUGGACCUGGGGCACUCUACUUUAUGAGAAGGGCAGAAAUAGCUGCAGUCCCAACCGCCCCCGCAGAAAAACCGGCAGCUAAGGAACUCGCACCCGCGCCACCUGCGGAAGCCGAGGAGACACUUCCUGAAGAGGCAGAGGCUGAAAAGAAAUUCCCUGAAGAGGCAGAGACUGAGAAGACAUUGCCUGAAGAGGCAGAGCCUGAAAAGAGAUUCCCUGAAGAGGCAGAGCCUGAAAAGAGAUUCCCUGAAGAGGCAGAGCCUGAAAAGAGAUUCCCUGAAGAGGCAGAGGUUGAGAAGACAUUCCCUGAAGAGGCAGACGCUGAGAAGACAGACCUCGAGGCAGUUGUUGAGGCGACACUUCGUGAGGAGACAGGCCGUGGGCAGGAGGACGCUAAGGAGGCACAUUUAGAGGAGACGGACCUUGAGGAGACAGCGCGUGGUGAUAAGGGGGAGGAGAUGGAAUCUGAAUCGAGUGAAGUCGAACUUGAAAAGGUUCAAGAUUCGAAGCCCGCGGCCGUGUAA